UAUACCACUAACAGUGACAUUUUUUUUCUUUUUAAAUCCCAAUCCAAAAAUCAAAAUCUCGACCAAUAUUAUCAUGGAAAGGAAAUUUCCAGCAAUUUAAAUGCAAGUGGAAUGGUUAGCUAGCUUUAAAAAAAAAAAAAAAAAACAACUAAUCAAUCAAAUAUAAGAUAAAAAACCUUCUUUUUUUUUUCCAAUUAUUUAUUUAUUUAUUUUUAAAAAAACUAUUCCAUUUCAUGGGUUGAUUCUAUCUCUUUCUCUAUGCAUCUUAUUGUAUCUCCCUUAUUUUUCAUAAAAUUUCAAAUUCUCUUCUCCUUUUUCUCUCUCCUCUCUCUUUCUCUCUCUUUGUCACUCAAAAAUAAAAAUCUCUAUCCAUUUCCCUCUCAUCUACUCUCUCAUACACAAAACUCACAAACCCCAUUUCUCUUUUUAGGGUUCCUCAUUAAUUAACCUCUACUAGUUUUUAAAAUCGCGUAUUUUGGGGAUUAUUUUGAUAUCAGUUAUAAUUCUCAAAAUUAAAAUUGUAAGAUUUGCAUGUGGGGUGGAUAGGAUUUAAUUCAUCCUCCCCUUUCUUUCUUCUCUCUCUCAAAUAGAUUAUAUAUUGGAUUCUCUCUCUUCAACAAGUUCAUACAAACACUAGAUACAUAGCUACUCCAUCCAAAAACCAUAACCAAAACCACUAUUAUAAAAAAUAAAAAUUAAUUAAAAAAAUAAUAAUCUUAACAAAUGGCGGCAUCUUCAUCCUCUUCGGCCUUCUUCGGAAGUAGAGAGGCCGAUGUGAUGAAGCUCGCGCAUCAUCAGCAUCAACCCUCGCAACCACCACCUCCACCACCAACCCAAGUUUUGCAAAAUCAACAUUCGUCCGCGGCCGUGCCGCCUCCACCUUCGUCAUCAGGAGCACCUCCCGCUAAUCCUCAACAAAAGAAGAAGAGAAGCCUUCCUGGAACACCAAGCAAGUAUCCGGAUGCGGAGGUGAUAGCGUUGUCGCCGAAGACGUUGAUGGCAACAAAUCGUUUCAUUUGCGAGGUAUGCAACAAAGGAUUUCAAAGAGAGCAAAAUCUACAACUUCAUAGGAGAGGGCACAAUUUACCGUGGAAGCUUAGACAAAAGACUAACAAAGAUCAAGUGAGGAAGAAAGUGUACUUGUGCCCUGAACCCACUUGUGUGCACCAUGACCCGGCUCGUGCCCUCGGCGACCUCACCGGGAUUAAGAAGCAUUACUCGCGCAAGCACGGCGAGAAGAAGUUCAAGUGUGAGAAAUGUAGCAAGCGUUAUGCUGUUCAGUCUGAUUGGAAGGCUCACUCUAAAACUUGUGGUACUCGUGAGUAUCGUUGUGAUUGCGGCACUCUAUUCUCUCGACGGGACAGCUUCAUAACUCAUAGGGCGUUUUGUGAUGCACUAGCUCAAGAGAGUGCAAGACAUCCAAGUAGCCUAUCCACCCUAGGAAGCCACUUAUUUGGACCUACUUCCGCGGUUGGUGGUGGUAAUGCCGGUAACAACAACAUGGGAUUAGGAGUUGGACUUUCUCAUCAAGUGGGCAACCAUCUUCCGGUGUCGCUUUCCGAUCAAAUGACCUCUGACAUCCUCCGCCUUGGCGGUGGGGCCCGAGGUGUUGGGACCGGGCAGUUUGACCACCUCCUCGGGCCGGGCUCUUUCCGGCCACAAAUGCAGCAAUCUCAUCAGGGCAACUUUUACUUGUCUGAUCAAACUGGUGGGCCCAACCAUUAUGCUAAUAGUAACAACAAUGAUCAAGAAAAUCAGUCUCAAAAUGCUGGUGGUGGAAUCUUCUCCAACAAGCUAUUCACCGGGCAGCUGCCCGUGCCCGACUUAGGGUUUUUCUCAAACAAUAACAACAAUGAGAACACCAACACCAUCAACACUAAUAGCACCACUGGUAGUGGGGACCACAAUGGGAUGUUCUCUUCUUCGGGUGGCGAUGCCCUAUUCGGCGGGCCCUCUUCUGGCGGCCUCUCUUCCCUGUACACCACAGGACCCGGCCUCCAAGGCGGUAGCCCCCACAUGUCCGCUACCGCCCUCCUCCAAAAGGCUGCCCAAAUGGGGUCCACAACCUCCACCAGCAAUGCUAGUGCAACUGCCCUACUAAAGGGACUAGAAGCGAAACCAACACCGCAACAAUCCGCACCACCGCCACCCCCAACAAGCGCCGGGGGUGGCGGGUUUGGAGGAUUAUUUGGAGAAAAUGACCAAAAUAACCUCCAUGACCUACUCAUGAGGGAUAACCUAAUGAACAACCCCUUCUUUGGAGGUGAUCACCAAACUGGAGCAGCUAGUGAUCACAAUGGUAACUACGGGUUCAACCCGAAUAAAACCGGGCUCGGUGUCGGAUCAUCAGACAGGCUUACAAGGGAUUUUCUUGGUGUAGGAGAGAUAGUGAGAAGCAUGAGUGGUAAUGGAGGAGGAUUUCCUACAAAUUCACAAGGCAUGGCAUCCUUAGAAAACGUUACAACUGCUGAUCAUCAAAGAAAUAAUAACAAUAACAGUAAUUCUGCAGCACCAAAUAAUAAUAGUAAUGUCAAUAAUACUGCUCCUUCAAGUAGCCAAGCUUUUGGUGGUGGUGGUGGAAAUAAUUUCUAGUCAAUUUGGCAAAUCAAAGAAAAAAAAAAAAAUUUACGUCAGAAGUCAAGUACAGGAAUUAGGUUUUGUUUAAAAAAAAGACAACUUUGCCUCCCAUCUAAAAGAACUCAAAGUUCAUAUGAAGCUUUGUUAAAGCAAUGCAAGUUAAUUAAGAUCGUCAUUGGUUUUGCUAGCUGACUACCAAAAUUCCAUCAAUAGAUAGGCGACUGAAGUUGAUGCUGAGGCUGUAUGAUGAUGCGCAUAAGAGAGGUGGAUCGAGGAUCAAUCGAUUUUUCGAAUCGUUUUAGUUUAUAGACUUAGUUUUGAUAAAUUUUAUAGACUUUUUUAUAUAUUAAUUACCUGACUCAUGUUUAUGGUAAAUGUGAAUGAAAAAUCUCAAAUGUUUAGUAACAUAAAGUAGAAGAGUACAAUAACUUUGAUCUUCAUUCCAGUUGAGAGAAUUUUUGUUCUGAAAUCGAGUAUCUUGAAUAUAGUUUUCAAUUCUUGA